AUGGCUAAACUCAUCGUAGCUGUUGCUCUCUUCUGCAUGGUUCUUGCUGCUGUUCACGGUAAACCACCCGGUAAACCGGGUCGUGAUGACAAAGGUCCACACGGACCAGGUCCACGACCAUCUGAUCAUGACCACAAUGAUUGGGAAUCGAAAAUCUGUGCAAAUGCUUCAAUUGCCGACGCAUUUCUUAACCAAACACGUCAAUUGAUCACAGAUCUUACAACAAAUGGCACAUUCACCAGUGUUUUAACAAAACAACAAAACGAAAUCACUUACAUCAACAGCGAUGAUAACAAAGCUAUUUUAUCAUCAAAUUGCACACAAUUCUUCACUGGUCUUGACGCUGCACGAGAUCUUGACAGACAAGCUGAAAAACAACAAAUGGAACUUCAACGAACAGCCCGAGACUUAUUCGUUCAAAUCGUUAAAUCUCUCCUCGGAUAA